UUGGGGAAAACCUUAUAUCUUAAAAUAGAUUAAGUCACGUGAUAGCUGUGCAAACUUGUCAUAACUUACAGAAAAAGUGUAUUUCAAGACUGCAACGCUAUAAGGUUCUGUAUCUAUAUACGCGAGGAUGGCUGGCGCUCGAGCACAUGCUCAUGGCUCAAUCAAAUCAAAGUCGAAAAAGUUGGUGGUGGCAGCUAUUGACUUUGGCACUACCUUCUCUGGGUAUGCCUGGGCAUUGAAACAUGACUUCGAAACAGAUCCUCCAAAGAUCAGCACAUUUACGAAUUGGGUUGGAGGUGGCAAUUUGAUAUCUUGCAAAACCCCUACCGUGCUCCUUUUAAAUGAGAAGCAAGAGUUUGAGGCAUUUGGGUUCGCAGCUGAAGACAAAUAUUCAGAAUUAGCUGCUGAUGAGGAUCAUAAAAAAUACUUUUAUUUCCGGCGAUUCAAGAUGAGACUAUACCAGCAGAAAAACCUGAAACGAGAUACCGUGAUAGAAGACGAACAAAACAAGAAGAUGAAUGCAAUCAAAGUGUUUAGCAUAUGCAUAAAAUUUCUGGUUGACCAUUGCUUGACUUUAAUUCGACUCAGAGUAAGCGAAAUAAAGGAAAGUGACAUUGAGUGGGUAUUGACAGUUCCAGCGAUAUGGAAUGAUAGUUCGAAACAGUUUAUGAGAGAAGCAGCUAAAGCGGCUGGGCUCAAGAUGGAUGCGUUGACCAUUGCACUUGAACCCGAGGCUGCCUCGCUGUUUUGUAUGCAUCUUCCGAUAGAGAACCUGGUCGUCAGCGGCGCGAAACAGACAGAUGUACAACAGUUUUCUCCCUUUUCCGUUGGACAACGAUACAUGGUUGUUGACGUUGGCGGGGGUACAGUUGACAUCACUGUGCACGAGGUUGUUGCAAAAGGAAAACUGAAAGAACUGAACCACGCCAGCGGAGGUGCUUGGGGUGGAACUAGAGUUGAUGCAGCCUUCGAAGAGUUCCUACAGAAAAUUGUUGGAAAAGAUGUUUUUGAGCAAUUCAAAUCAACAUAUGUUGAGGAUUGGGUGGAACUUCAGCGCCAGUUUGAGUUGAAGAAACGAAGCAUCGAGCCAGACAAAGUCGGAAAAGAGACAUUACAAGUUCCAGUGUCUCUUUCGGAGGCGUAUAAGGCCAUAAAAAACGCUGAUAUGCAAACUGCUAUUGAGAAAGGUCCAUAUGCUGGAAAGAUUGCAUACACUGCUGGAAAGAUUCGCGUUCCGAGGGACAUUAUGCGGGAAUGGUAUAAAGAAUCAUGUGAAAAUACAGUUAAGCACGUGAAGGAUCUUUUCAAACAAGAUUCAUGCAAAGGAACGGCCAACAUACUGCUAGUAGGUGGAUUUUCAGAGUCCCACAUGCUGCAGAGAGCUUUAACUGAAGCGUUUCCUGACAAGCGAAUUGUAGUCCCUGAAGAAGCAGGGUUGGCUGUUUUAAAAGGAGCUGUGUUGUAUGGCCAUGACCCUAUCACCAUUACUUCUAGAGUUGCUAAAUGCUCCUAUGGAAUACGCGUGUAUCGCGAUUUUGUUCAGGGCACUCACCCAAACGAAAAGAAGGAGAAAUUUGGUGAUAGAGUCAAAUGCAAGGAUGUUUUUGCCAAACAUGUCACGAAAGGUCAAGAGUUGGUUGUAGGCGAACCUCAGUCAAAACAAAGAUAUACACCGUUGGAGGCCGACCAGUUGUCGCUUGUCUUUGACGUCUAUAUAUCGUUGGAUCCGGACCCGAAGUUCGUUACAGAUGAAGGAUGCUCGCAAAUAGGUAAGCUAGAGGUCGAAGUUCCUGACAGCGGUAAAGAUAGGGGCGUGUGGGUGAAUAUGAUUUUCGGUGGGACUGAGGUCACUGUGGAAGCUACAGAAGAAAAAACAGGCAAGAAAUCCAAAGCCACUUUUGAUUUCCUUCAAUAGUCAUUAAUGAAUUUUAAACAAAAUCAUUUGAAACUACAAUUUAUUGAUUUUUAUUUGACAUGAACAUUUAUAGAAAAAAAUGAACUUGAUUAUUUUACAAUAAUUUAUGUAUUAAAUACUGUGUCAUAUUUCGUUCAAGUGCCGAUGUUAUGUUUUUUGUAUGAAUAAUGCAUAUAAAGCAUAUACAUGUACAUUAUGUUUACGCAUUAUUCAAGUUUAAGUUAAUGUAGCAAAACGAUAUUUAAAUAUGUAUCUUGAUACUUUAAAUAAUUGGUUAAUAUAAGAACUUUUGAAAAAUUAUAUCGUUCGAAACGAUAGAAUAUAAUACAUAUGAAAUAUUCAAGUAAGCGUAUUCGAAUGUUCUAAUAAAAAUUUAAAACUG